CUCUCUCUCUCUCUCUCUCUCUCUCUCAAGCCAAUCUCCAUCGCUGCAUGUUGUAACCAUUGACUUUGGAAUCCUUGAUCCCCGAAGUAAAGCCCUUGCUUCAUGCCGUGGCCAUGGCUGACACCCACGCGCCUCAAACCGAUCUCGCCACGGGAUUCGCCAUUGGAGAACAGGCUGCUUGAGGAGAUGAACGCGACCGCCCCCGACUCGGGCGGAGUCCUCGGCGGCCACAACAUCGGGGGCCUCGGGUACGGCAUUGGGGUCUCCGUCGGGGUCCUCCUCCUCAUCACCACCAUAACGCUGGCCUCCUACUUCUGCGCACGGAACCUCCAGGGUGCGUCCGCCUCCUCCGCCUUCGCCAGCCGGAGGGUUCGGCGCCUGCACCGGCCACCCCCCGCCACCGAUCAGGAGCGAGUCGUGGUCGUGGUGGAGCAGGGCCUCGCGGAGCAGGGCCUCGACGAGGCCACCAUCACGGGCUACCCGAAGCUGCUCUACUCGGAGGCGAAGCUCGAGAAGAAGGGCUCCACCGCGAGCUGCUGCUCAGUCUGCUUGGCAGAUUACAAGGACACCGACAUGCUCCGGGCGUUGCCCGACUGCAGCCACUUGUUUCACCAGAAGUGCAUCGACCCGUGGCUGCGCCUGCACCCUACGUGCCCGGUGUGUAGGACGUCGCCUCUGCCGACUCCGCUCUCGACUCCGCUCGCGGAGGUGGUUCCGCUCGCAAUUAGGAGAGAUUGAAUCACAUAUGGAUCCUCAUCAAAGAAGGGUAUAGGAUUCUGAAUUGAUCAUGUUUUUGGAUGAAUUGGUUCUACUGUAAAUGAACUCAUGCUCCUCUUCUUCUAUA